AUGGACGUGCCUAUGAGGAGGCUGGCAAGGAAGAUUGAUAGUGAUGGGAAUUCCAUUCUACACACCGUCGGAAGGAAAAGAAAGGACUUCGUAUCUGAUGAGAAGAUGGAAGGCCCUGCAUUCCUCUUACAGGCAGAAUUACUCUGGUUUGAGCGCGUCAAAGAAGUCACUCCAUCCCAUUUCCUGAAUCACCAGAACAAUAUGAAGCUCACUGCAGAAGGGUAUUUCAUUACUGCAAAUUCUGAACUCCGCAAUUUAGCCAAAGAAUGGCUAAAGACAACAGCAGAAGGAUGUUCUGUGGUAGCAGUUCUCAUUGCCACCGUUGCCUUUGCUGCAGCCUACACAGUUCCAGGAGGUCCGAAUCAGAGCACUGGUGUUCCUGUCCUCGUCAACAAACCAUUCUUUGUGGUUUUCACUGUGACUGAUGUACUCUCCCUUACGUUCGCUUUGACAUCAGUUGUUACUUUCCUCUCUAUCCUAACAUCCCCGUUUCGAUUUAAAGAUUUCAAGCAUACACUUCCUAAUAAGUUGCUGGUAGGCUUCACAUUUCUGUUUCUCUCUGUGGCAAUGAUGAUGGUAGCGUUUGGAGCAACAAUCAUUCUGAUGAUUUACAGCAAGGAAAGCUGGACAAAAAUUACUCUAUAUGCAGUCUCCUUUAUCCCAGUUGGCAUCUUUGCACUAUCUUAUUUCCCUUUUUAUCCAUCACUAUUAAAGACUUACAACUUGCUCCAGAAAAUUCCCUUCAUUAAACAUAUUCCAGCUAUACCUUGGAACUCUUUCAAAUGUUGUCGAGUCGAAACCACUGAUACCCACUUUCCAUAACAUAUCCGACAUGUAAUUAUCCUACACUAAAUCCUUUCCAUUUUCUGAAAUCUGAUGACUGCCUGUGUACGUAAAGGUUGGCACAAGUAUUGGUCCUAUCUGUAAGCAACUACCACCAUGGAUGAUUAUAAGUAUGAUGUCUAU